AUGUUGCCGCCGCCGCCGCCGCCGCCGGGGUUGCAGGCGAGGCUCCUCCUCAUCUCGGCUGUCGUCGUCUCAGCGCUGUGAAGCAGCGGCGCUGCUCCCGCCACCCGGCGCGAGGCGGAGGCGGAGGAUGUCUGGGCUCUUUCCCGCUUCCCCUGACAGGCCGGGGCUCCCCGGCUCGUCCUGAGGCGGCAGGGGGCGGCGCUGCUGGGCCGAGCGAGGCUGGGCCGGGCAGGCUCCUUCCUUCCCUCCCUCAUCCCCCCCACCCCCUUCCCCACCAUCACCACCUCCCUGCGCUUCGGAACAUGGCGGCGGCGAUAACGGUGGCGAGGGAGUGAGAGGAGGGAGCCCCGGCGGCCGCAGGUGAGCAGCAGCGAAGAGGCCGCGGCGGCGGCGGCGCUUCUAAGCGGGGAGGCCGCCUCGGCCUGGAACCUGCCAGCAGCGGGGCUUCGGAGCCGGGCACGGCCUGGCUGCCCAGCGAGGGGUUGGGGAGAGGGGGGCUGUGCUCCCCGCAGCCCAGCAAAGGCCCGGGCCCUCCAGGGGCAGCCGAGCCCAUCCUGGCGGAGUGACAGCGAGCGGCCCAUAGCGCUGCCUGCCUCACGCAUCGUGGGCCCUGACUUUUCCCCUUCCUUGGGGUGAUGCCUCCUGACCCCGCGGGCCUGCUGGGUGGGGUGCAGCGCCUCCUUGUCUGGUGGGUGCUGCUCACUCGCUUUAACGGGGUGCUGCUGUUGUUGUUGUGGCCGCUCAUUGUUAGAAUUAUUGUUCCAAAACCCCCCUCCCCCGUUAUACGAAGCCUGCUCCUCUAUUCCUUCGCCUUGCUCUCUCUUCUCCACACCCCACACCCCCACUUCUCUGGAGCAUCCUCUGGCACACGAGUCUAAUUAAUUCAUCUGGAAUUGGCUGCCAUAUGAUGUGGCGACGGCCACUUUGUGUGUGUGUGUGUGUGUGUGUGUGUGUGUGUGGAGGAAGAUAGAUCCGGUCGAUUUAUCGAGGGCUGUUAGUCAUGGUAAAAUGGAGCCUCUGUGUUUAGAGGCAGUAUACCUUUGAAAUAACACGUGCUGGGGGAGGAGGGGGGAGAGCAUAUAAACGGGCAGGAUAGCUGCCUUCCUGACCUGCUGAAGGCUUCCUGGAGGCAUCUGGCAGGAUAGUUGUUGGAAACAGCAUUCAUGCUGACUACUUUUCCUUAUUUAAGAAGACUGCCUUUCUUCUUCUGAUCCAAUAUUUUGAUAUCUUUCAUCCAUGUCCGGCCCUUCCCUUCCCUUCUUUCUCUCCUUUACCUGGGAAUCGUUCCUUAUCAGUCUUUUGGCUCUUCCAAAAUAAAAGUUUACAGGAGGCUGUUAAACACACACUUUGGACUAAACCCCCCACCCCCCAUAUACUUCUCUUCUACUUUAUUCCAGAAUAACUCUAUAUUGUGUUGGGACUUGGGUGUUACCUGCACUUUUUCAUUUGCUUCACUGUUUCCCCUUGAUUGCUUUGAAUCUGUAAAAGUGACUGAGGUUGUCACAUGAGGUCAUUUGUGGAUUUUAUUACCAGAUUGGUUUUAAUUAUUGUUGUUUUGAAAUGUGUUGAAUUAUUGAUAGAAGAACUUAGUCUGAACUUUUUCAUCCUCCACUAUUAUCCAGAUGUCCUCUCUUAGCAAUGUCUCACAUUCAGAUCCUAAACAUAAUGUCAGGUGGGGAUGUAUGUUCUGUUGGAAUUUUAAUAAAAGAAGUUUAAUAUAUAAAAAGUUCUAUAUAAAGUAUAUGGCAUCAGGAUAGUUUAUAGAAUUUAGGAAAUAGGAUAGUGUAUUGUGUUAUGAACAAAUGUGGAAUAUAAAUAUAUAUCAUUUGGUCUCUAGUGUAUGUAUAUAUUGCUUUGGUUGUCGGUAUAUAUCUGUCAUUCUUGCAGUUUUGAAAACCGAAUGCACAAAUCAACUGAAGGGGUUUCAUCUUUCUACUUUGAGUGUAGUUAUAUGUUACAAGUUACAACUUAAAAAACAAAAAAAUAUGACAGACAUUUUGAUAAACUGCCAUAUUCCCUUCUGGGGAACGGGUUCAAGUUCAAAGUUAACUUUCUAAGCACAUUACUAGUCAAAUCUCUGAACUAAAUGAGACUUGCUUUCCGCAAUCAUUUUAGGAGUGAGGAUGAAUUAAAUUAAAUGCUACCUGCAAAAGGUCUUGUACUGUACUUGUCUGCAUACUGCAGUCAGUUGAUAGGCUUGCUCUAGCUGUUGCUUUGAUUAUUGAUGCUUGGUCUGUCAUGGUGAUUGUUCACUCAUCAGUAAACUCUAGAAUCUUGUCUAGCCUGUCAGAAAAGGAUGCAUGUAGUCUCUCCUCUAAAGGAUUAAAAUCUUGGCUAAACACAUGUAUUCAGGAAAACAAGGAGGGACCUAGCCAUCUAAAUGAGGCAAUUUCAUGUUGCUGAAAUGGAGGCCAUACAGAUUAUGGUGGGCCAGUUCGCAUAUUAACUGUAAGCCAAACUAUGGCUUAGCAAACGCAAGCAAGCUUGUGGGUACCCAGAACAAAAAUCUCAUCUACUUCUAUCCUCCCCAGGUCCUGCUGCUGCUGUGCUACCCACAGCUAAGCUAUGGCCUGACUUAGCAUUGUGUGUGAACCUAGGUUUGUCUCACUCCGAACAAACCAUGUGCUGUAACCAGUGUUAGAAACUAAGAUAUGAAAGCUAGGAGCUGAAUUGCACCUUAAACCUAGGCUAAGGGCGCAACAACAGAAUGUCUAGGCGCGCUCUUUUUAUAACAAGAAUACAAAGCUGAAAAUGAAUGAACUGUAGCUAAAAUAUUGUGUUCAUUUUUCACAUGGUCUAGUUCUUCCCCUACCCACCCCCCUAAUAUUCUUAAGAGGGUCUCUUCUCCAGUCUUCAGAGAUUAGCUGAAAGUGGGGAGGCAGAAAAAGGUCCUCCUUUCCUUCCACACGGCAGUUUUAAUCUGAAAUCUUAGGCGCAGUACUGUGCCCAGAGCUCAGAAACAGCUCGUGCUGAUGAAAUUCCCUGUCGCAAAAUGCGCCUAGAACAAUGGGAGUUUCAAACACUGGCUGUAACCAAGGUUUGAUAUUGGUUUAUCACUCAUUGUUUGUUUGGCUCAGCAUUACCUGCAAACAAGGCAAAUAUAUUGUGUUGUUCAGUAGAUUAUAACUGAAAUGCUAGGAUAUGCAACAUUCUACUGAAUCAUCUUUUGAUGUACAGAUGCACAGUAGCCAAUAUGUGACAUAGUAAAGAUUGUGUUUUGGGAAACAUUUGGCACAGAGUAGAAAUGUAACAUAUGUAUGUACCAACGCCCCAUUUUUUAAAAUACUUUUUUUAAGCUAACUAAAAAGCAUCCUCAAAAGUCUGCAAUUUUUUCUGGAGAAUAAUCACCCUUUCCCUGCUGGUAAUUUUGCCACUUAAAACUGCCCCCCUCCACUGCUUCCCCCUUCCAAAUUCUAGAUGCCUUUUUAUAAGAAUAAAUGUACACUUGGCCUGAAGGCAUGUGAUGCAGCUGCCUUGUGAAGCUAUGCAGGCCUGGGUCUAGGCAGUGCCUGGAAGGGAGACUGCCUGGGAACCUUAUAUAUGCUGCAUUGUGUUAUAUGUGGAAGAAAGGUGGGGUAAUAAAUAAAUAAAAAUGUGCAACCGUCCAUUAAGAAAGAGGAAGGAAAAUUGUUCUUCUAGUUUACCAGAUACAGUACUAUAAGAAAUAGUUUUAAAUAAAGACCAGUUUAAGAUAGGCAUUAGCAAAAGCUACUUAAAGGUCUAUCAACUCUAGAAUAAUUGUGAAAUUGUCAUCCUUUGGAGGUUUCAAAGAAAAGCUGUGGUUUUACCUGUGGGUAAUUUUUCUGAAGAAAAGUGUUUGGGCUUAAGCUUUUCUAGAAUAUGGAAAUGUUACCCCUCUAUCCGCGAUACUUGGAAACUGACCAAGUUUACUUAUGGCAAGAAAGUUGAUUUAUGCCUAGAGGCGUUGAUUUUAAAAUACAGUUGACUAACAUCUUGCACACGUUUAACUUGCGUGAUUGCAGCUUUAUAUGCUUGGCAACUAGCCAGCUGAAAAUGCAUCCAAGGCGGAUAGCUUAAAAACUAAAGAGCUUUUAAAAUUCUCAAACUUGCUUACCGGGCUGUGGUAGGCUCUUGCAAGAUCUUGGACAGCCUCACAAGAGCCUCCAGAGUCUGCACAAGAGCUUGCCAUUUGUUUCAGCUCAGUGGCAAAAAGUGGAAAGUGAUGCGGCAAACAGAAGUAUGGAGGAGCUCUUUGAAGGAAGCUUCCGUUGGAAAGUGCAAUUGAAAUAUGCUUCUUGUAAAAUGAAACUUUGUCUUCGUAUUUUCUUGCAAAUAUACCAUUAUACAUGGUAUGGAAGAAGUGCAUAGUGAGAACUUUUUGUUCUUUCUCACAACAGGAGAAUUGGUAGUCAGUCACCCAAAGAAAUUGAUUGGCAGUAGGUUCAAGUGGGUAGUAACCAGAUUGGGCCAAUGGAGGGGGUUGGCCCCAGUUGAAAUCCUGGUUGGAAUUCCAUCAACCCACCACCUGUGCCUGCUAUCCACAAUGGGAGGAAAGCUUAGAUUGGUACCAGUGGGAGCAGGUGUGAAGGUGCAAUUCUAAAACAAAAACAAAAACCCUAAACUAAAAAAAACCCUCUUCUCUUGCCACAGUCCUGAUUCAGCUUAGCUUCCCUGAACUGGCUGUUGGCUUGUUUCCUCUAGCAAAAGGACACACAAGGGCAAACAAUAAAUGUUGCAUGGUGCAUCUAUUUUGGCCCUGUAUCCUAUAGUUCACAAGCCAAGUUCAAAAAAUGUAAAUGUAUCACUUUACAAUGUGCUGCCACUUGUGCCUUAGGGGUAGUUUUGCCUUUGAUCUGCUGACUAGAGCAAUAUAGCACCACCAGAGAGAGUGGGUGGGUGUGAGAGAGAGACAUUUUAUCCCAUGGCCACUUACAGUGCCUAUGCCACUUAUGGAACUCAGCCCUCAAGCUUCCCACUCUUACCCAGAAAGGGAAGCUGAAAGAAAUAUUAGAUUGACUUGUUAAAAGCAAGGCUAUUGUAAUGGUAUAUUUGACUAUCAAUUGUUUUUUGUCUUUUUGUAUCAUAGGAAGUAG